GACACACAGUCCCCAUAUUUCCGAGGAGCCACUUUAGUAAAAGUGUGCAGAGUGACAGCGUGUGUACCGGGCGGAGCGAGGUUGUUUGUGCCGCAGUCGGAGGCGCGCUGGGGUCGAGAGGGAGCCUUGCAGGGGAAACACAACUAACUCAACAACUCAGGCGCCAGGUUUAUCUGUUCACGGGACUUUCCACCCCCCUCCUCCCCCCCUUCUGAGAGUCCGAAGGCCGCUCUGCUCUUGGUCGUGAGGCGCGGAGAUGUGAACGCGAUAUGGAGAAGUGAAGUCUUGUCGCUGGUUUCGCACGGCCUGUUGCUCGGAGCAGAAUCUCGGGGAAAGGAUUUCCUCAAAUUAACAAUGUCGGGAAGUGAACAAUUGGAGAUACUCGAAGAGCCACCAUUUAUCCUCGAAAAUGGGGAUAAGUACAUUAACCCGACAGAAGUAAAAAUGAGCCAGUUCAUCCUGCCUUGUCAUGCUAACCACUGCGGGGAACUGAGUGUAGGACAACUGCUGAAGUGGAUGGACACAACUGCCUGUCUCUCUGCGGAAAGACAUGCACACUGCCCAUGUGUUACUGCCUCAAUGGAUGACAUUGACUUUGACUUUGAGCAGAGACUCAGUGUUGGGCAUGUGGUGAACAUCAAAGCAAAAGUGAAUCGUGCCUUUAACACAAGUCUGGAGGUUGGAAUUAUCAUCACUUCUGAAGAUCCCUGUAGUGGAAGGCAGUGGAAAGUGUGCAAUGCAUUUGCUACAUUUGUGGCCAAGGGACAAGGAUCUGGAAAGGUCCAGCUGAAGGCAGUGAUUCCGAGAACAUCCCAGGAGAAAAUUGAAUACAGUAUUGCUGCUGAACGUCGCAGAAUGAGGCUGCAUCACUUGGAAAGCAUUAAAGAUCUGGUCUCCUCAAGCACAAUUCAGAAAGCAGAACCAGAUGUUGAUGAAUCCCAGCACGUUGUGCCUGCAGAGAAGACCAGGGUUGAGACUGUUGAGCUCGUCUUGCCUCCUCAUGCGAAUCAUCAGAGGAACAGUUUCGGAGGGCAGAUCAUGGCUUGGAUGGAGAGUGCAGCUAUAAUCUCUGCAAGCCGCUUCUGCAAAGGACAUCCAGUGCUGAAGACCAUUGAUAUGUUUCACUUCAGGGGACCCUCGCAAGUCGGAGAUCGUAUAACGUUGAAGGCAAUCGUUAACAAUGCAUUUAAAGAAAGCUUUGAAGUUGGUGUCUGUGCAGAGGCUUAUCAUCAAGAAGGUUGGGAGAAGAAGACACACAUCAACAGUGCAUUCAUGACCUUUGUAGUGCCUGAUAAAGGUGGCAAGCUCUGCACGUUCCCAAGAGUCAAGCCGGAACCAGGGGAUGGAGAAAGAAGGUACCGUGAAGCAAGUGCGCGGAAGAAAAUAAGACUCGACAGAAAAUAUAUUAUUUCAUGCAAACAAACGGAAGUACCACUGUCUGUGCCAUGGGACCCCAGUAACCAGGUUUACCUUAGUUACAAUAACGUCUCUGCACUGAAAAUACUGGCUGCAAAGCAAAACUGGGUACUCAACUGCAUGCAGAACAAGGCAAAACUGUCCACGCUCGAAGAAGACCAGUUGCUGUUCUUCAAAGCAGAAAUGAUUGUGUCUGUAAACGUCAAGCAAGUUUUUGUGCUCCUAUCUGAUAUGAGCCGUCGACAUGAAUGGGACACUCACUACCAGAGAUUUAAGUUGAUACAAAAGGUGGACAAGGAUGAUGUUAUCUAUCAUGUAGUGUCACCUUCUGUCAACAAGGCCAGCAACUUUCAAGAUUUUGUUUUACUGGCAUCUCGAAGAGUACCUUGUGCUGAUGGGGACCCCUAUCUGAUAGCUCUGCGAUCAGUGAGUCUCCCUGCAGUCUCACCAACUAAAGAUCUUGACAGGGGUGAAGUAUCCUGCGCUGGAUUUGCACUUCGUCAGGAGGGAGUCACCUCCACCAAAAUUGCGUAUUACAUCCAGACAACCCCUCAAGUUCUCCCGUACAUCACCCGAGACAUCACUGGAUUGUCUUCUGAUCUGUGCAAAAUCAUCGAGGCUCUUAAUAAAUUUCUCGAGCAAAAUAAGGAUACUAUCCACUUGGAUGUGUGACAUUGGAUAGGAUUUUCUUUAGUUCAAGUCAGAUUUAUUGUCACAUGCACUAAUUGGCUCAGUGACAUUUGAGCUACCAUACAGCCAUAUGAACAAAAAGCACACAAUACACUGUAGAAUUUAACAUGAACAUCCCCACACAGCGGAAUCAACGUUUGCCACUGUGAGGGAAGGCAAUAAAGUUCAGUCAUCUUCCUCUUUAUGGUGUGGUAACCCACAUGAAGCGAGAUAUUUUGUGGAUAAAGUAAUGGGUAAAAUUGAAUCGUGUACAAUUAACAUUAGCAAUUCUAGUUAAGAAUUCUAAUUCUAGUUAUGAUCUUUAGAACCAGUAGAGCACAUUGCAUUUCUAUGCUUGUGAUGUAUUAAGAAUAACCCCUAGCUUCAUUGUCAGUUGGCCACGAUGGAAGAACAUAUUUGGCACUUGGCCACUGCUUUGUAAUCUGCUUAAAACUGGGAUUUUUAUCAUUAACAUCUUUGCGUAAAUGGGGUUAAUGCCUUUGUACAGAAAAAUAACCAGAUAUGGUGUACAGCAUUUUAUUACAAACUGCCUGCUCUAAUCCAUAUUUUAAUACUGAUUUUCAAAAAAUUCUAUGCAGAAAGAAAUAAAUGUACAAGGAUAUUAAAGUGUAUUUGAUUUUUUAUAAUUAAUAAAGCAAAUAUUAAAGCAAAAUAAUUGUAC